AUGUUUUUUCCUGCUCUCAAACUACCCUGCUAUAUAUAUCCUUCAUAUGUAGAUAUAUUUUCCAUUUUUUCUUCAUAUUUAGCGAUCAAAAUUUGCUUACUUUUCCAUAUCCAAACAUUUACAUCACAUUAGCAAACUUAUAGCUAAAAUUUCAAACCCUACUUUGCAUCCCUUCUUAAGAAAAUAAAAAAGCAAAAUAUUUUAAUUUUGUUUUUAAGUACAUAAUCUCUGACAAUUGUGCUAUAGUUUAGUUACGUAAUAUAACAUAAUUAAAUAAUUGCUUUCCAUUUUAAAGAACUUGAUUCAAAGGGAUCAAAUUAGGAUUUUUUUUCUAUUUUCUUUUUUUAAAUUUCUAUUGCUAUUGUUGUUAAUUUGGAGAAAUGGAGAAGAAAAAGGUGGCUUUACCGUUAGUGUGCCAUGGGCAUUCAAGGCCGGUUGUUGAUUUGUUCUACAGCCCCAUUACCCCUGAUGGGUAUUUUCUUAUCAGUGCCAGUAAAGACUCCACUCCAAUGUUAAGAAAUGGGGAGACUGGAGAUUGGAUUGGCACAUUUGAAGGGCAUAAAGGUGCAGUAUGGAGCUCCUGUCUGGAUACCAAUGCAUUACGUGCUGCAUCUGCCUCGGCUGAUUUUUCCGCGAAACUAUGGGAUGCAUUGACUGGAGAUGAAUUGCACUCAUUUGAACACAAGCAUAUUGUUCGAGCAUGUGCAUUUUCGGAGGAUACACAUCAUCUACUCACGGGUGGAGUUGAGAAAAUUCUUCGAAUAUUUGAUUUGAAUCGUCUUGAUGCAGCACCAAGAGAAGUGGAUAAUUCUCCUGGUUCAGUUAGAACUGUUGCAUGGCUCCACAGUGACCAGACCAUUUUAAGUUCUUGUAGUGAUACUAGUGGUGUUAGGUUGUGGGAUCUGAGAAGCGGCAAAAUUGUUCAAACACUUGAAACAAAAUCACCCGUCACUAGUGCUGAAGUGAGUCAGGAUGGUCGCUAUAUAACCACCGCUGACGGAUCUACUGUUAAGUUCUGGGAUUCAAAUCAUUUUGAGUUGGUGAAAAGCUACGACAUGCCAUGCAAUGUAGAAUCAGCUUCAUUGGAGCCAAAGCAUGGCAAUAAGUUCAUUGCUGGUGGAGAAGAUAUGUGGGUGCACGUGUUUGAUUUUCAUACUGGAAAAGAGCUUGGUUGCAACAAGGGUCACCAUGGUCCUAUCCACUGUGUACGUUUUGCACCUGGAGGGGAAUCCUAUGCUUCAGGAUCUGAAGAUGGCACCAUUAGAAUAUGGUUGACAAGUCCAGUGAGUCGUGAAGAGAGUGAUGCAGUACCUGGAAAUGCACCAAAUCCAAAAGUGAAGGCUGUGGCUGAUGAGGUUACCCGUAAGAUCAAGAGUAGCCUUCAUAUUGGCACCGCAUAGACGCAUGACAUAGUAUUAAAGUUGUAGAUGACAUCAAGUGUUCGUUUUCAACUUUGCUUGCCAGGUUGUAGGAUUAUGGGUAUGAGUAUUUCUUGCUUUGUUUUUGGGUACUGAAACAUAUAUAGAAUUUUUGUUUUUUUUUUUUUU